CUUUUGUUUUGGGAAAUAAAAACUCGUGCGACCUCUUCGUGCUCGACGUCCUUCAUCUCGCAUUUGCAGGUUCCGCAUCGGCAGGGAAGGUUGAAGUUUGACAUUCAAGAGAUAACAUCUUUGACAGCUGACGAAAUAAUUUAUUGAAAAUGCCUAUCCAAAAGAUUCAUGCUCGUCAAAUUUUUGACAGCAGAGGUAAUCCAACUGUUGAGGUAGAUGUUACUACUGAAAAAGGAUUAUUCCGUGCUGGUGUUCCUAGUGGAGCUUCUACUGGAAUUUAUGAAGCUUUAGAAAUGAGAGAUGGUGACAAAAAAAACUGGCAUGGGAAAAGUGUUUUGAAAGCUGUAGCAAAUGUAAAUGACAUUAUUGCUCCUGAAUUAAUUAAAAAGGGUAUUUGUCCUACUAAGCAAACUGAAAUUGAUGAAAUUAUGCUUGCUCUUGAUGGUACUGAAAAUAAAUCAAAACUUGGAGCUAAUGCUAUAUUAGGAGUGUCAAUUGCUGUGGCCAAAGCUGGAGCUGAACACAAAGGAGUGCCUUUGUACCAACAUUUAGCUGACCUUGCUGGUGUAAAAGAGAUCAUUCUUCCAGUACCUGCUUUUAAUGUAAUUAAUGGUGGUAGCCAUGCUGGCAAUAAACUUGCUAUGCAAGAGUUCAUGAUUUUACCUACUGGUGCUAGUAAUUUCACUGAGGCUAUGAAGAUGGGUAGUGAAGUCUAUCAUCACCUUAAAAAUGUUAUCAAGAAGAAGUUUGGUCUUGCUGCCACUGGUGUUGGUGAUGAAGGUGGCUUUGCUCCAGACAUUCAAGAGAACAAAGAAGGUCUGGAACUGAUCAAGGAAGCUAUUGAAACUGCUGGCUAUACUGGAAAAAUUGAAAUUGGAAUGGAUGUAGCUGCUUCAGAAUUUCAUAAAGAUGGAAAAUAUGAUUUAGACUUCAAGAACCCAAAAUCAGAUCCAACAAAAUUCCUUUCUCCGGAUGCCCUUGGACAGCUCUAUUUAGAUUGGAUCAAGGAAUAUCCUAUUGUAUCUAUUGAAGAUCCAUUUGAUCAAGAUGACUGGGCAGCGUGGUCAAAAUAUUGUUCUCAAGUUACUAAUCAAGUUGUUGGAGAUGAUCUCACUGUCACAAAUCCAAAAAGGAUUCAGAUGGCUGUUGAUAAAAAAUCCUGCAAUUGUCUCUUACUGAAGGUGAAUCAAAUUGGGAGUGUAACUGAGGCAAUCAAAGCGCACAACUUGGCUAAAUCUAAUGGUUGGGGCACUAUGGUAUCUCACAGGAGUGGUGAAACUGAAGAUGCCUUUAUUGCUGAUCUUGUUGUUGGGCUUAGCACAGGCCAAAUCAAAACUGGAGCACCCUGUCGCUCUGAGCGUCUUGCCAAAUAUAACCAAAUUUUGCGUAUUGAAGAACAGCUGGGCAGUGCUGCUAAGUAUGCAGGGAAGAAUUUCCGUCAUCCUAUCUAAACUUCAUCUCUUCAACAUUCUCUCUGUGACGUUUGUCAAAAUUCCCAGUGGUUGUUUUGUUGCUGUAAAAUUUUUAUUACAAUUUAUAAAUUUUAAGUCUAAAUAUAGCUAGUCUAUUACAAUGUUCACUAUGUUCCAUUAUGUAUUCUAAGAAAUUAAAAGAUUGUUAUACAGGA